UCGACUUGACGCUUGAACGAGUGUGAUAAUCGUUGUAAACCAUGAAGACUGAAAAAUACAAUGAAAUAAUAACGACAAUUCGCAAUUUUCGAGGUCUAUCGAAAGAUUGUGCCAAAAUACUGAAGGAAAAGUAUAACAAUACCCCUGUAAAUACAUUGUACAGCAUCUUAUCUUUGGAAAUACAACAAAAAAUGAAAGUUAACCAUGUCAAAUUAUUUGGAAACAACAAAAGUUAUUAUGACAGUUAUUUAGAAGCAGUAAAUAAUAGGGAACCAACAGGUAUUUUAUUGAGAAUGGCCAAAGAUAUCGAUGCUUCACCUGCCUUAUUAGCGCGCAAUGUCCUGGAAAGGUACUGCAUGUUCGACAAUGCAAACGCUUCCAAAAAUUUAAUUACCAAGUUGUUUAAGGAUACUACAUUAAUUAGUGACAAGGAUCUCGCAUAUGAAAUUUAUCUGUGUUUGUUGUACGAUGAUCUGUACGGACCUAUAGCUAAUGCAAUGGGAAUGUGUAUAGGACAGGAAUACGAAAUCAAGCUCGAGAAUAGUCUGAUAGAAAGGAAUAUCGCGUUUCGUAACGAGGAGCACUUGCGAUUGCGGGGAUACGACAAGACUCCGGACAUCAAAUUAGAAGUGCCAAUUGCGGUGAACGGUUGUUUAAUCAACUGGAUCGAGUCUAAGGCACGAUUUGGUAACGCGGAAGUUCAUCAGAAGUACAUGAAGGAACAGUUCUUGAGCUACUGGAACAGGUUCGGCUCAGGUCUGGUGAUCUAUUGGUUUGGAUUUCUCGAGAGUCUGAACAAAUCGACCGAGAAGAGAUUCAUUAUAAUGGAUCAUUUUCCAGAAAAUAUCACCUACAUGGAUCCCGUCUGCAUUAAGCCUACGAACACGUGACUACGUGUUAUCAGUAUUUAU